ACGUGCACCCUACCUGGGCGUUUCUUCAAGCUUGCACCCACCCAGGGCAGCACCUGGAAACGUGCUUCUGAUGAAAAAGAAUGUCAGGAUCGACCCCAGCAGCAUCUCCUUCAGCAUGUGGAAAGACAUUCCCGUUCCUUUCUACAUGUCGGUGUACUUCUUUGAAGUGUUGAACCCCAAGGAGGUCCUCCAGGGCGCAAAGCCGGUGCUGAACCAGCGUGGACCCUAUGUUUACAGAGAGUUCAGGUAUAAAACGAAUAUCACAUUCCAUGACAAUGACACAGUCUCCUUCCUGGAGUACCGGAAACUCUUCUUCCAGCCGGACUUGUCCAACGGCAGUGAAGAUGAGUACAUCGUUGUGCCAAACAUUUUGAUGAUGGGAGCAGCUAUAAUGAUGGAAAACCUGCCAAACUUUGUGAAGCUUUUACUGAGUGGAGCCCUGGCUGGCCUGAAACAGGAGGCAUUCAUGAACCGGACGGUGGGGGAGAUCAUGUGGGGGUAUGAAGACCCUCUUAUAGACACAAUAAAUAUGUUUGUUCCUGGCCUGAUCCCUUUCAAGGGGAAAUUUGGCUUAUUUAUUGAGCUUAAUAACUCCAAUUCAGGGCUGUUCACAGUGAACACGGGCAUGAAGAAUAUCAGUAGAGUUCACAUGGUGGAUUCAUGGAAUGGACUAAAGAAGGUGAACUACUGGCGGAGCAGCGAGUGCAACAUGAUCAAUGGGACCGCAGGGGAGAUGUGGCCACCAUUCAUGUCCCCGACGUCGCUGGAGUUCUACAGCCCUGAUGCCUGCAGAUCCAUGACACUGGUGUACGAGCGAUCUGGGAAGUUCGAGGGUGUGCCCACCUAUCGCUUCGUGGCACCGAAAACUCUCUUUGCCAAUGGCACGGACUAUCCACCCAACGAAGGCUUCUGCCCCUGCAUGCAGUCUGGCAUCCAGAACGUCAGUACCUGUAGGCUAAAUGCACCAAUAUUCAUUUCCCAUCCUCACUUCUACAAUGCUGACCCAGCCCUGGUGAACGCUGUCGAAGGUCUCCACCCCAGCAAGGACCAGCACGCGCUCUUCCUUGAUGUGCACCCGAUGACGGGCAUCCCCAUGAACUGCUCCAUCAAGCUCCAGCUGAACCUGUACAUAAAGCAGGUGUCUGGUAUAAUUCAAACAGGGAAGAUUAAGCCGGUGGUCCUGCCGCUGCUGUGGUUUGCAGAGAGCGGAUCUAUCGAAGGCUCAGUCCUAAAGCAGUUUUACACCAAUCUGGUGCUGAUCCCGUCCCUGCUGGACUACCUGCAGUAUAUCUUCCUUGGGCUGAGUGUCCUGCUCAUUAUGUCAGCAGCUGUACUCAUGGCAACAAGUCAGAGAACCGCUGCCGAGAAGAGCCCAAGCCACCCCACCACGCAGAGCAAACCGCCCUCCUCCUCCGAGACAACGCCGCUCCUACACGACGCUGACACCCUGAGCCAGGACGAUGCCGAAGCCUGAGCCGAUGCCACCAGGACAUGUCAGUGCUGGGGAUGAGACCUGCUUUGGGUUCCCAGAGGUCUCCGCAAGGUGAGGUCGUCCUGGGCAACUCAGCGGAGACCCUGCACACCACGGCAAAGCCACGGGACAGCACUGCUGCACCAGCACUCCCGCACUGGGGCACAGGAGACCUCAUCCAGACACCCGAAACACAGUGUUCAAGAACCCUUGUCCCCAGGGUGCCGGCCUUUGCCACAGCC